AUGGCCCCGGCCCGCUUAAAGGCGGCGGCGGCCGCGCCGCGGGGAGAGCGAGGCGUGCGCCGCGGCCGCCGCCGGCGCGGAGGCGGCGCGAAGAUGCCCCGGGGCUUCCUGGUGAAGCGCAGCCGGCGGCCCACCCCCGUCUCGUACCGGGCGCGCUGCUGCCGCGAGGCCGCCGCCGGCCCGCCGCUCCCCGCCGCCGCCGGCGGCGCCCCGCCGCCCGCCUGCCCCGCCGCCCCGCCGCCGCCGCGGGACUCGCCGCCGCCGGUGCCGUUCGGGACGCCCGAUGCCGCCGUGCAGGCGCUGUACAGCCCCACGCGGCCCGUCAGCAGGGACAAGUACCUGGAGCGCGGCUUCAGCCUGGGUUCGCCCGUCUCGGCCGAGUCCUUCCCCGCCCCGGCCGUGCCCGGCACCAUGGACCCGCUCCUCUUCGCCCCGGCCGAGCUCAAGCUCUGGGCCGCCGCCGCCGGCCACGCCGAGCCGCCCGCCGGCCACGCCGCCGGCCCCGGCCCCGGCCCCGCUCCCGGCGGAGCCCCCGCGCCGCCGGCCCCGGCCGCGCCGCCCGCCUCGGGCCGCCCGCCGCCCGCCAAGCGCCCGCCGGGCGCCGCCGAGCCCGGCCGGCAGAAGGCCCCGUCGGGCAAGAAGGCGAAGGCGAUCCGCAAGCUGACCUUCGAGGACGAGGUGACCACGUCGCCCGUGCUGGGGCUGCGCAUCAAGGAGGGCCCGGUGGAGGCGCCGGCCAAGGCGCGGGGCGGCUGCGCCCGGCCGCUGGGCGAGUUCAUCUGCCAGCUCUGCAAGGAGGAGUACGGGGACCCCUUCGCGCUGGCGCAGCACCGCUGCUCCCGCAUCGUCCGGGUGGAGUACCGCUGCCCCGAGUGCGACAAGGUCUUCUCCUGCCCCGCCAACCUCGCCUCCCACCGCCGCUGGCACAAGCCGCGCCCGCCCGCCGCCAAGGGCGGCCCCGAGGCGGGCAGGGCGCCGGCCGAGGAGCCGCCGAAGGAGGCGGCCGCUGGCGGCGGCAGCGGCAGCGAGCGGGACACGCCGAGCCCCGGCGGCGCCUCGGAGGCGGGCUCCGAGGAGGGGCUCUUCGAGUGCCCCCGCUGCGCCAAGCGGUUCCGCCGGCAGGCCUACCUGCGCAAGCACCUGCUGGGCCACCCGGCCCCCGCCCCGGCUCCGGCUCCGGCCCCUGCCGCCGCCCCGGCCCCGGCCCCGGCCCCGGCCCCGGAGCCCGCCGCCGAGGAGCCGCCCGCCCCGCCGCCCGCCGAGUGCCGGCUCUGCCCCGUCUGCGGGGAGACCUUCCCCAGCAAGAGCAGCCAGGAGCGGCACCUCCGCCUCCUGCACGCCGCCCAGGUCUUCCCCUGCAAGUACUGCCCGGCCACCUUCUACAGCUCGCCCGGCCUCACCCGGCACAUCAACAAGUGCCACCCCUCCGAGAACAGGCAGGUCAUCCUGCUGCAGGUGCCGCUGCGCCCAGCCUGCUAGAGCCGCCCGUGCCUUCCCGGGGCCCGGCCCCGCUCCCCAGCCGUCCCGCGGGCUGCGCUUUGGACUCGCCACACGAUUAGCUUUAAUAUGGCUUGUGAACUGCUGGAAUCUGGCUUUACGUUUACCUUUCCGGGGUCUCUCUCUCUCGCUCUCUCGCUCUCUCGCUCUCUCUUUUUUUAUUUGGUUGGUUUUUUUGGUUUUGUUGGGUUUUUGUUCGUUCGUUUCGGUUCUUAUAAAUGUGAACGGAUCAAGCCGCUUGAGGAGAAACGAGAAUUCCCUUUAGUAUAGCCACAAAUGCCUUGACUCUGCUGUUGAUGGUCUCCAGAAAAUGCUGUAGAAACUGCCUUAACUGUGACAUGCCAACUUUCUGUUCUCGUUCGUUUUGCCCUUACUAAGGUAGCUCAUGAGUUGACUAUCUGUAUAUGUUGGUUUGAGUAAUUAUGUUAUUUAUUCGUUAUUUAUUUAUAUUAAUUAUGAAGAUUGAUAUUAUUUGAUCGCAAAUAUUCUAAUGCGCUUUCUUUGGUCUCCCCUGCCCGCCAUUUCACUGUGCAUUUUAGAAGAUCUUUUUUUUCUAAAGGGAUCUGCUAAAAAGGUUUUAACUUUUAUACCUAGAAUAACACACGAUCUUAACCAUUUUAUCCUGUGCAACUGACAGCUCUUACUUUUAGAUGCAAUCUCUUUUUCUACACACAUUAUUUUCUUAACUGUUAGCUAUUUAUAGAGUGCUUCGAUAGAACUGUUUCAACUGUAUAAUUAUUUACUAUUCAAAUAAAAUAUUUUCAAAUUCAA